GGGGCGGGGGGGCCCUCGACUUGUUGUGUUGCUGCCCGAGAGCCGGAUACCGUCGUGCUGCGGCCGAGCCGCUCACCAAGUCUCCCGACCAUGUCUCACCUAGUCGAGCCGCCGCCGCUCCUGCACAACAACAACAACAACUGCGAGGAAGGGGAGCAAACCCUGCCGCCGCCCGCCGGCCUCAACAGUUCCUGGGUGGAGCUACCCAUGAACAGCAGCAAUGGCAAUGAUAAUGGUAAUGGGAAGAAUGGGGGCUUGGAGCACGUCCCGUCCUCAUCUUCCAUCCACAAUGGAGACAUGGAGAAGAUCCUUCUGGAUGCACAGCAUGAGUCAGGACAGAGCAGCUCAAGAGGUAGUUCUCACUGUGACAGCCCUUCACCACAAGAAGAUGGGCAGAUCAUGUUUGAUGUUGAGAUGCAUACCAGCAGGGACCACAGCUCUCAGUCAGAGGAAGAAGUUGUAGAAGGAGAGAAAGAAGUUGAGGCUUUGAAGAAAAGUGCAGACUGGGUGUCAGACUGGUCCAGUAGACCUGAAAACAUCCCACCCAAAGAGUUCCAUUUCAGACACCCUAAACGCUCUGUGUCUCUGAGCAUGAGGAAGAGUGGAGCCAUGAAGAAAGGGGGCAUUUUCUCUGCAGAGUUCCUGAAGGUCUUCAUCCCAUCUCUCUUCCUUUCUCACGUGUUGGCUUUGGGUCUUGGCAUCUAUAUUGGAAAACGACUGAGCACACCUUCUGCCAGCACCUACUGAGAGAAACGAAAAGCCCUGGAAACUCGCGUGGCCUGUGAAGUGGUGUAUUGUAGUUUGAAUUUGAGACCUAUUGUAAGCAUGAUCACCUACAACCCUAUUUUUACAUACCCAAUUCCAGUAACUCUCAAAUCCAGUAUUUUGCUCAAACUCUGUUGAGGCAUUUACUAACCUUGUUCCCUUUUUUGGCCUGUAAGAUACUUUAGAGAUUCCUAACAGAGUUUACUGUUGUUUAGAAAUUUGCAAGGGCUUUUUCUCAGCAGUGCCACCAGCAGAUUAUAACCCUGUCAACAGUGCAUCUCUUCUUAGUACCACCACAGUCACACCUGUGUCACUCAUGCUAGAAGCUGUAUUCUAGCCAUGCAGCGACCUCUCUUUCUAAGUGAGAUCAGGUUUGCAAACAGUACUAUAAAAGCUUUGUUUAGUCUUUGUUUUGUUUUCCAGGACAAAAACAAGCUUCUAAGCUUGAAUUUAUAGUAAUUAAAAAGAAAACAAAACCAAAAAAAAAAAAAAAAAAAAAAGAAAAAGGAAAAAAAAAAAAAAAGUCAAGACACAAGGGAAAAAAUAUCCUGGGCAAUAAAAAUUACUUUAAACCAGCUUUGGAGCCGCUCUUUCCUAAGCCUCCUGUACCGCCUUCAUUUGUAGGAGGCAGCCUGUAUGAGUGACAGAUAGGAAGUAGAAGAAUAGGACAUACUGGCAGAUUCUAACAUUAGUAUGUUGCAAUGCUGUCUUUUCUAUGAUAGAGAAUCUUAUUUCUAAGGAACUCAGGCCUCAGGCCUAGACAUACAUGAAACUGCUUUUGAGAUUUUUGUGCAUUUGGUAUUGUCAUGUGUUACCUGCAUGUAUAAUUUCUCGUGAUUUUCUUUAACUUGUUUUUCUGGUUUCUUUCUUUCUGUUUUUUUUUUUUUUUUUUUUCUUAGAAGAGACUUGAAAUGAGUCUGAUUCAUGGUGUUAAUAGAGGCUUCUUGUUUUAGGAAGCCUUGAGUGCACUCUGAAGCCUUUACAUUCUGGAGAAUAACUUCAGAGUUAUCCCAAGCACUUGUGUAAUUUUGAAAAGCAGACCUGGGUUGUGAGAACAGUUGAAAAGUUCUGGAAGAUGCCAUUCAUUCUCUUUGGUCCCUUCCUGUUGUCAGCUUCAGUCUUCCCAAGGUGUGCCUAGGCUCUCCCAGGCCUCUGUGAUGUUUUCACGUAGUUGUCUUCUCAGUUCUGUCAAAUGCCUGAUGUUCUGUAAUACUCAGAAAAUUCUUUGAAUGGCAGACUUUCUUUUGUCUGUUUCUAAAAUGUGAAGCAUUAGGACCAAAUUGUUAGCAUCAGGAUUGCAGAUUAUCUCAAGUAGAUUUUGUUGGAUUUCAGAACAUAGCACGACUCUGAAGGAUUCUGUUUUAUAUAUAAAUAAUUACUGUUUAUGAUGUAGAUUUGCUAUAGUUAUACAGAACCAUUGUGAAUUUUAAAGCUAGCAACCUACACAGUGCACCAGGUUGACUUGAAUAAAUAUGGCAACCGGGUUUGCCAGUGUGCAGAAACUAAGUCCUCUCUCACAUAAAGAGUUAUAAGAUUGUGUGUUAUAUGAAAGUGGAAAGUAAAUAGAUAGGAAGACAUUUCUGUGAUUUUUCAAAAACAUAGCUGUUAUCUUUAAGAAAGAUAAUAUAUCCAAAGUAAUUUUUUGUGACUUAUUUUCUUUCUGGCAUCUAAUGUCUAAAUGAUUUGUGGGCAUCUUUUGCCCUUUUCUUUUCUGGCUCUUAAACCUGGUGACACUUAAUUUGCCUUCUCACCUAUUUAUUGCAAGUGUUUUUAUUUGGAUUUCUUUAGAAGGAAAGUAAAUCUGAUGGCCUAUUGUUUUGUUGUUGCUUUGGGAAGCCUGAAUCAAAUUGGCCAGGCUGGGGAGGCUAAACUGCAGCAUACUUUGCAAUGCUGAUCGUGUGCUAGCAGAGCAGAGUUACUCUACUCUAAGCAGUCUUGCAGGCAGACGUCACCACCUUCUAAAUCAGUAGCAGUUUUGUCAGCAGUGCCAUUGAAGUGUAGGGAUAAUUAUGAUUUUGUUUCAACAUUAAAACUAAAUUCAGUUUUGCCAUUUUUGAAAGUAUCAGAUCACGGAACAGUACAACUGUCCAUCCGUGAACUUGUGUGGUGUUGAUUUGCAGCCCGAUGUACGGGAUAUUUAUGCUCCUAUGCAGAUUCUUGUUGAAUGAAAAUAGACUGUCCUAUCACAAAGCAGAAUCCAACCAAGAGUUCAAAUUUGAUAUACUGUUUAAAAAGCUUUAUUCCUGUUUACAAUUUGGGAUGAAAAGCAGGCUUCGUUUUAAGUUGGUUGAAAACUGGCUCAGAUGUUUGUAAGUCAAGAGGAAAGCGGCACAGAGAGCAGCGCAACUGAGUUACUCGAUUGCAGUAAAGAGUAAAAUGGAGACUCGGCCCAUGAUACGAAUCUCACAUGAACCAGUUGUUGGAACUCCUGGCAUUAAUGGAGCCAGAGUGAUAUGCAUCCUUCAUCCGUCUCGUCAGCACUUGUGUCAUUCCUUACAGUUUACAAAACACAUGUAACUUGUAGCUAUAAACAUUUUGUGCCAUUAAAGCUCUCACAAAACUU